AUGGACCCACUCGAGCUACCGGGUGUGGACCUGUGCAAGAGCAUCGUCGAACGGUGCCGCUUCGAAGACGCGGUGAAGACGCUACGGCUGUCCAAGCAAUGGAAGGGGCUCGUCGGCGACGACAUCCGAAAGAUCAUGCCGGGCCACGCCCUAGACUCCGAAGCGGCGCUGGACUCGCUCGUCGCGUUCGUGUGCCGCUCCGGAGAAGGGGUCACGCGCCUGCGGGUCAACGGCAGCCGCCUGGAGACCGCCGCCGUCUCGAACGCCAUCCGCACGAUGGAGGGCAGCCUGGGCGGCCUGAAGCGGCUCACGCUUCAGUUCGGCGCCUGCUCGUACUCGACGUUGUACGCAAUCUCCCGAUCCCUCACGGCGGCACCGGACCUGGAAUUCCUCGUGCUCAGCUGCACCACCUUCGAUAUCACCGCGUGCGAGGCGCCCCCGGUCCCCGCCGACGAGCUCACCGCGGUCCGCCGGCUGAACUUCACGCUCCCGAACGAAGGUCCCCCCUGCGUCGUCGACUGCCUCGCGGCCUUCCCCUCCGUGGAGCGCUGCACCGUCUCCCUCUCUGACGUGGCGAGCGUCGCCCUCAGGUCCCGGAGCCUGCGGAAGGCUUGCGUUUCGAGCGAGCACGCACGGGACGGGUCCGUGCCGAUGGUCUUCCUGAACGCACCGCGGCUCGCCGACCUCGACGUCCUCGUGGAGGGGGCCGUGAUGUACGUCGAGAGCGACGGAUCUCUGGACACGCUGCGGCUGUGGUCGGACGCGAAGGUGUGGGGAAGGGAGUUGUCCGUGGCGAAUCUCGUCAUCGAGUCGAGCGCCCGGCUCGCCGACAUGUACCUGCGCCACCUGCACGUCAAAGAAGCGCUCGUCAAGGGGCAGGCGUCGCCCAUCGCCUGGGACGCCAUCCUGUUCGAACUGGCGGGGCCGACCACGAGAUUGGUCCUCGGCGAGCCGUUCUUCACGAGCAGAGCGGCCUUCUUCGACUCCUGCCGCAUCCUGCAAGACGAGGCGUUCGUCUUCGAACGAGUCACGGCCCACAUCGGCGGCCUCCCGGAGUCGGACACACUCGGCGCCCUGACCGCCAUCCACCUCCGGUGCCCCACGGUCGUCAUCUGCCAUCGUUGCCCCGUAGAAGACCACCUGAUAGUCACCCAGGACGAUAGGGACAGCUUCUUCGUCACGUAUGACCUAGGGUCGGACGCAUGCUCCGACGCGAGCGCGACCCCGCAACGUCCCUCGACGGACGACUUCUGGCUGGAAGUGCCCGGGCAGGCGCCCGUCGAGCCGGGAAGCGAGACCCGCGUGCUGGACUACGACGUGAGUCCGCCGUCCGACCACGGGCUCGACGACGCGGAGGUUUUCUACAGGACCAUCGCCCACCUCGGCGACGGCCGCAGCACAAUCAAGAUCGCGAAGAGCGGCGCGGUGUACGGCAUGCGCAUGGAUGACGGCGUCGAGGCGCUCGCUCAGCAGUGGAUGUGGCCCGAGGCCCGCUACACGGACCGCGUCCUGCAGUCCAUAGCCAGCUGGGCGGGACUGAAAGAGAGCAAGGGAGGAGACGUCGACAUCGUCCAUCAGGCGGGGGGCGCGGGGUACGACGGACGCAACCCCUCCUUCGCCCCGCAGCUGGCGGCGGAAGGGGCAGAGAACGGCGUACGCACCCUCAGCUGGAGCCAGCAGGAGCGGCACGAGCAGGGGCAGACGUCCGGGCUCCUUACGCAGACGACCGUCCGGGACGUGGGUUUCGCGUACGAGCUGACGUACGCCUGGGUCAACUUCGGGCGGCAGUACGUGGACUUCAUGGACCUGCCGUGGUGCGGCUUCGAUGCGGGCGUGCUCCCGCACACCGCGGAGGGGAACGCGGACGGGUCCUGGUCCUGGACGGACCACACGGGGGGCUUCGAGUACGAGCCGAAGCCGUUCUCCGAGAGCGGGGGCUGGGUCGCCUUCGCGCGCGAUCGCAGCCCGGACAGCCAGGCGGUCGGCAUCUACUUCGCCCCCCCGCCCGCCGCGGGCUGGUGCGGAGGAUUCAAGUACGGGAGGGUCGUCGAUCCGCUGGACGUGCGCACCUUCAUCCUGGAGUCGAUCCACUGGGACAGGUGCCUCGACGAAGGGCACGUGCUGCCGGCCGAGGGCGGGAACUACUGGUUCCGGUUCUACGUGCGGAUCGGCAGCGUCCAGAGCAUCGCGGACGCCGCCCCCAGAGCGCAGGGGCACGUGGGGAGGGGCAGCCUGGGCGCGUCGGCCGGCGACGUGAGCCUGGUCCCCUGCCGGGCGCACGCGCCCCAGGACAUGGCCCUCCGGGACUGCGACUGGCACGCCCUCAGCGGCUGCAUCGAGGGCAACUGCCUCCCCCUGCUCGUGAUCAGACGGAAGGCGGACGGCCGGACCUCUCUGAGCGCGGACCCGUACGCCGCGUCGUCGUCGGGCACCGCGGACACCGACUACGUGGGCUUCAUGGGCUGGGCGACCAGACGCCCGGAAGACUCGCUCGGAUCCAUGAGGUCGCUCCGCGACAUCCUCGGGCCGGACCAGUUCGACGGCCCGACCGAUGCCUAUGUCGUGGUGUAG